AUGAGAGCCCGACAUGCCGUCUAUCACGUCGCCUGUUUUUCCUGUGUUGCCUGUGAACGCCAACUGAAAACCGGUGAUGAAUUUCAGCCGUCCUCGAUACCAACCCCGUCUAUGUUCGCCAACGAUGAUUCGUGGGAAACGUCGACGAUGACGUCCUUGGAUCACACCACCAGCCCUCCACUUUCCGUACGCUCUCCAAAAUCGGAUGAUAUGGGUACCCCGCAGAACAACGGCUUUCACAACACCACCAGCAGGUUUCUUUCAGCUGGGGGGGGGUUCAUCUGGAAGUUAUACGAUAAACAGACGACGAGGGUCCGAACGGUGCUGAACGAACACCAGCUGUCAAUUCCUGAAGAAAUGCUACGCGCUGAACUCCUCGACCUGACGCCUUACUCAAGGAACAACCUCGUGGAAAUGACUGCGCUCAACGCCAGAGUGAUUCGGGUUUGGUUUCAAAAUAAGCGUUGCAAGGAUAAAAAACGUCAGAUUCAGAUGCGUGACAUGGCUGUGAACGCGGAG